GUCAUGGCUGCGCCCUCGUGCCAUGUGUGGUUGUCAUCGGUUGUAAUCAUAUUUUGAGUUCUCAAGAAAGCACAGAAAGUCAAGGAAAAUGAAGACAAAGAAGAUGAAACCGAAAAACAAGCGUCUGUCCUCUGGGCUGCAGAAAAAAGCCAAACGGAGUAUUCACGUGAAAGGCAAAUGGAAAGCAGUAGAGCUGGAUCCCAGUCUCUUCUCCGAGGAGGGCCUGGAGGGUCUGGUGUGUUUUGAAGAGCUGACAAGUUACCGUCUGAUAGACUCUGAAAAGGCUGCGGCCAAAGCAGCAAAAGAACUGAAAAAGAAGGAGAAGAAUAAGGCGAAGAAAAGAAAAGCUAGCAAGGAAGAGGAGGGUGGAGGGGAUCCUGGUGUAGAGAGCAAAGAGGGAGAGGAAACGGCUGAACCAGCCAAGAAAAAACCCAAAAAGAAGAAAAAAAAUAAGAAACAAGCUGCAAAGGAAUCAGCCCCACAAGACAGCAGUUCUACAGAAGUGGCAAAGAAGGAUGAAGCUGCCAGUGAAGAGGGAGGAGAAGAUGAAGCAGCAAAAGAAGGCACAAGCGAUUCAGCAAUCGGCUCUGAACAAAAUAGCCAAUCUAAAAAUGCAAAGAAGCGCAACAAAAAGAAGAAAAAGAAACAGAAGCAGCAGAUAAAAAAUGAUACGGAGAAAGAGCCUGGCCCGGAGCCUUCAUCACAACUUCCAGCUCUGGAAAAAGACAAAUCCUCUCAAGACAAAGUGACAAAACCCCCUAAAAAACAAGCAAAGAACUGGACAAAUGCGGCACUUUCUGGAUCUCAGGACAAAAAUACCGAUGUGGGUGCAUGGAAGGACCUGUUUGUUCCCUCCCCUGUGCUAAUGGCACUGAGUAGUCUUGGAUUUGGUUCACCCACGCCGAUUCAAGCCCUGACAUUACCUCCAGCUAUCAGGGAUCGUAUGGAUAUACUGGGGGCAGCUGAGACCGGAAGUGGUAAGACACUGGCUUUUGGCAUUCCCAUGAUCCACACCAUCCUGGAGUGGAAAAAAGGUUCAGAUAAACCUGUUGAUGACAACAAUGAACCAACCACACUGGUGGAGAGCUUGUAUUUACCAACUGUAAAGUCAGGUAAUGCAGAUGAAUCCGUAACAGAAGAGAACCAGGAGGACAACAUGGCGGCUGAGGAAGAAGAGGAGGCAGGUGUUGAAGACCAGGACCAAGGUGACUCAGAUGAAGAUGCCAGUGAGGAUGAUGAGUGUGGCGGUGAAGACGAAGGUGAGGAUGAAAGGCUUGGAUGCGUUCAAGUGAUCAAAAAUGCUGAGUUUGACUUUGAUGACACUGCUGACGCUGAAGAAAAACCUGCUGGUGGUCAGAAUCAGCCUCUGCUUGGACUGGUUCUCACUCCCACCAGGGAGCUGGCUGUUCAGGUCAAACAUCACAUUGAUGCUGUCGCAAAAUUCACAGAUAUCAAAACGGCGAUAGUGGUGGGUGGAAUGGCACAACAGAAACAGAGGAGGAUGCUAAAGCGCAGGCCAGAGAUCAUUAUUGCUACCCCAGGACGUCUGUGGGACUUAAUCAAGGAGAAACAUCCACAUCUGCUGAACCUCAGGCAGCUCAGGUGCCUGGUCAUUGACGAAGCCGAUCGCAUGGUGGAGAGAGGCCACUUUUCAGAGCUGGAGAGUCUGCUGGAGAUGCUGAACACCAUUCACUUUAAUCCGAUGAGGCAGACAUUUGUGUUCUCUGCCACGCUGACCAUGGCUCACAGCCUGCCCACUCGCCUCCUGCAGAAGAAGAAGAAGAAUCUGGACCAACGGAACAGGCUGGAAAUUCUCAUGGAGAAAGUGGGGAUCAAAUCCAAACCCAAAAUCGUCGACCUCACCAGGAAGGAGGCAACGGUAGAGACGCUGACUGAGACACGUAUCCACUGUCAGAAAGAGGAGAAAGACUUCUACCUUUAUUACUUCUUGCUCCAGUACCCUGGGCGCACCAUGGUGUUUGCCAACAGCAUAGACUGUAUCAAGAGACUGAACUCCCUGCUGGUUAUCUUGGACUGCACUCCACUGCCUCUACACGCCAACAUGCACCAGAAACAACGCCUCAAAAACCUGGAAAGGUUUGCUGAGAGGGAGAGUUGUGUUCUGCUGACUACUGAUGUAGCUGCAAGAGGACUGGAUAUCCCCAACGUUCAGCACGUUAUUCACUACCAGGUGCCGAGGACAUCUGAGACUUAUGUCCAUCGGAGUGGCAGAACAGCAAGAGCCACUAAACAGGGUCUUAGUUUGCUGCUAAUAGGCCCAGACGACAUGAUGAACUUCAGAAAGAUUUACAAGACUCUUGGAAAGGACGAGGAGCUUCCAAUGUUCCCCAUAGAAACCAAAUGCAUGGAAGCAAUUAAGGAGCGAGUAAACUUGGCUUUGAAGAUAGAAAAGAUUGAGUUCCACAACAGCAGGGAGAAGCAGCACAACUCCUGGUUCAGGCAAGCUGCAGAGGCCCUGGAGGUGGACCUGGAUGAUGAUCUUUUACUUGGCAGAGCAAGGGAUGAGGACUCUGACAGAGAGCAGCAGAAGAUGGUAAAGGGGAUGAAAAAGCAUUUGAAGCAUUUGAUAUCCCAGCCUGUGUUCAAGAGUGUGAUAAAGACCAAGUACCCCACUCAAAUGGGAAAGCUGUCCCUGCCUCACAUGCCUCGUUCAGGGAUGGAAAGUGCCCUAACCAGGGUUUCAAUAGAGGAGAAGAAGCAGAAGUUGAAGAAAGGUGUUCCACCACAGCAGAAAAAACAGAAGCAGAAGAAAGAAAAGCAGCAGUGA